GUUUCUGGGGUUUCCGCUCCUGAUUUAUACGAAAAGUAGAUGGCUUUACCGGUUUCGCAUGCAAGAUCUGGUUUCUUUAUACUUUUUUGCUGAUCUCUGGCUAGGACGUUGACACGGAGAAUCUGUAGUGAUACAGCGCCAUGUCUUCUCUCAGCAGAGAGCUUGUUUUCUUGAUCUUACAGUUCCUCGAUGAGGAGAAGUUCAAGGAGACCGUUCACAAGCUUGAGCAGGAAUCUGGGUUUUUCUUCAAUAUGAAGUAUUUUGAGGAUGAGGUGCAUAAUGGGAACUGGGAUGAAGUUGAGCGGUAUCUCUCUGGUUUCACCAAAGUUGAUGACAAUCGGUAUUCAAUGAAGAUCUUUUUUGAAAUUCGGAAGCAGAAGUACCUUGAGGCGUUGGAUAAACAUGAUCGUGCAAAGGCUGUGGAUAUCCUUGUCAAGGAUUUGAAAGUUUUUGCCUCAUUUAAUGAAGAGUUGUUCAAGGAAAUUACACAGCUUCUUACGUUAGAGAAUUUCAGGGAAAACGAACAACUUUCCAAGUAUGGAGAUACCAAAUCUGCAAGGACAAUAAUGCUGGUCGAGCUCAAGAAGCUGAUUGAAGCGAAUCCCCUUUUCCGUGACAAACUGCAAUUCCCUAACCUCAAGAAUUCUAGGCUACGGACUCUUAUUAAUCAAAGCUUGAAUUGGCAGCAUCAGCUUUGUAAAAACCCAAGGCCUAAUCCAGAUAUAAAGACCCUUUUUGUUGAUCAUACUUGUGGACAACCAAAUGGUGCACGCGCCCCAUCACCUGCAAGCAAUCCGCUGCUUGGAUCCAUGCCCAAACCCGGAGGCUUUCCUCCACAUGGGCCUUUUCAACCUGCACCUGUGCCAGUUCAGACUUCCCUUGCUGGUUGGAUGUCUAAUCCAGCCACUGUAACCCAUCCUGCAGUUUCUGGAGGAGCUAUUGGACUUGGUGCUCCUACGAAUCCCGCUGCAAUUUUGAAGCACCCUAGGACUCCGCCGACUAAUAACCCUUCUGUAGAUUACCCAUCGGCAGAUUCUGAUCAUGUAUCUAAAAGAACAAGGCCCAUGGGGAUUUCUGAAGAGGUAAAUCUGCCUGUAAAUAUAUUGCCAGUAACAUAUCCUGGCCAGAAUCACGGUCAAAGCCUGUACUCACCAGAUGACUUGCCCAAGAAUGUUGCCCGCACGUUAAUUCAGGGUUCAUCUCCUAUGAGCAUGGAUUUUCAUCCUAUACAGCAGACUAUACUUCUUGUUGGUACAAAUGUGGGGGACGUAGGCCUUUGGGAAGUUGGUUCUAGGGAGAGAUUAGUUCUAAGAAAUUUCAAGGUUUGGGAUCUCGGGGCCUGCUCGAUGCCCCUCCAGACAGCUAUGAUCAAAGAGCCUGGUGUGUCAGUAAACCGUAUCAUAUGGAACCCUGAUGGCACUUUAUUUGGAGUUGCAUAUUCAAGACACAUUGUGCAGAUAUAUUCUUACCAUGGUGGUGAUGACAUACGGCAGCACUUGGAGAUUGAAGCUCAUGUUGGUGGGGUCAAUGAUCUUGCUUUCUCUCACCCUAAUAAGCAAUUAUGUGUCAUAACCUGUGGAGAUGACAAGACCAUUAAGGUGUGGGAUGCUGCUACUGGUACCAGACAGUAUACUUUCGAAGGCCAUGAGGCCCCUGUUUAUUCUGUUUGCCCCCAUUACAAGGAAAACAUUCAGUUCAUCUUUUCAACGGCCUUAGAUGGAAAGAUAAAGGCAUGGUUGUAUGAUAAUUUGGGAUCUAGAGUUGACUAUGAUGCCCCAGGACAUUGGUGCACUACCAUGGCCUAUAGUGCUGAUGGUUCAAGGCUCUUUUCGUGUGGGACCAGUAAAGACGGAGAGUCAUACAUUGUUGAGUGGAAUGAAAGUGAAGGAGCUGUGAAAAGGACCUACCAAGGAUUCCGAAAACGCUCUUUGGGCGUUGUGCAAUUUGACACCACAAGGAACCGGUUUUUGGCUGCUGGUGAUGAAUUUUUGAUCAAGUUCUGGGAUAUGGAUAAUGUUAACCUUUUGACAACUAUUGAUGCUGAUGGUGGCCUGCCAGCUAGCCCGCGUAUCCGCUUCAACAAGGAGGGGACUUUGUUGGCUGUAUCUGCAAACGAGAAUGGGAUUAAAAUUUUGGCAAAUGCUGAUGGAGUUCGGUUGUUGAGAACAUUUGAAAAUCGUUCUUAUGUACCUGAGUCUCUAACCAAGCCUCAGGUAAGUGCGAUGGUGUCUGUCACUGCUGCAACUAGUGCUGGACUAACGGAUAGAGGUGUUCCUGUGGUGACUAUGGUUGGAAUGAAUGGCGACACUAGAAGUUUGGGGGAUGUAAAACCUAGAUUAGCAGAUGAAUCUACCGAAAAAUCAAAGAUUUGGAAACUCACUGAAAUUAAUGAACCAGCACAAUGCCGAUCCCUAAGGCUACCUGAGAACUUGAGAACAAGCAAGAUAUCAAGGUUGAUCUAUACGAACUCAGGUGUUGCCAUUUUGGCAUUAGCAUCCAAUGCCAUUCAUCUGCUUUGGAAGUGGCAGCGAAAUGACCGAAAUUCAAAUGGCAAGGCAACUGCCAGUUUCCCACCUCAAUUGUGGCAACCACCAAGUGGCAUCUUGAUGACUAAUGACAUAACGGACACAAACCCUGAGGAAGCCGUCUCCUGCUUUGCACUGUCCAAGAAUGAUUCUUAUGUCAUGUCGGCUUCAGGAGGAAAGAUUUCCCUCUUCAAUAUGAUGACAUUUAAGACGAUGACGACAUUCAUGCCUCCACCUCCUGCAGCCACAUUCCUUGCAUUCCACCCUCAAGACAAUAAUAUUAUUGCCAUAGGCAUGGAUGACUCCACAAUCCAGAUAUAUAAUGUCCGUGUCGAUGAGGUCAAAAGCAAGCUUAAAGGCCACUCAAAGAGAAUCACUGGCCUUGCCUUUUCAAAUGUCCUGAAUGUGCUGGUGUCAUCUGGAGCUGAUUCUCAGCUUUGUGUCUGGGGGACCGAUGGAUGGGAAAAGCAGAAGAGCCGAUUUUUGCAAGUUCCGACUGGGCGCACCCCAACUGCACUUUCAGAGACGCGUGUCCAGUUUCACCAGGAUCAGAUACACUUCCUGGCUGUUCAUGAGACUCAGCUUGCAAUAUAUGAAACAACGAAACUAGACUGUGUAAAGCAGUGGGUCCCACGUGAAGGCUCUGCACCGAUCUCCCACGCUACAUUCUCAUGUGACAGCCAGCUAGUAUAUGCUAGUUUUCUGGAUGCAACAGUGUGCGUUUUUAAUGCUGCGAACCUCAGGCUACGUUGUCGGAUCAGUCCAGCUGCAUAUCUUCCAGCUAAUGUCAGCUCAAACAUCCAUCCUCUGGUGAUUGCUGCCCACCCGUCUGAACCGAAUCAGUUUGCCCUGGGGCUAACAGAUGGUGGGGUCCAUGUCUUGGAGCCACUGGAAUCAGAGGGAAAAUGGGGCAUCCCCCCACCCGCUGAGAAUGGUCCAGGAAGCAGCAUGUCCACAGCAGCUGCUACGGGGGCUUCCGGUUCAGAUCAGCCCCAGAGGUGACAGGGGGAAAAAGCAGCAGCUAACCGCAUGGAAAGUUCUUACAACGUUUUUAACCUUUGGCCCAUCAUUUAUUUUUCAGAGGGGGCAUGCAGGAGAAUGCAGGCAGGUAUGUGUUUGUGACCUGCAACUUGCCGCAGCAUUGUUUCUACUGGCCUGUUGUUGCUUCUUGUUCAGGGCUCUCGUUUCUUUUUCCUUUUUUUUUUUCAUUUCCUAUUCCUUUUUUUUUUCCUCAAACAUAUGCUGUGGGGGGCUGUGGAGUUACAGAAAACUCAAAUUGAAGAGUAGAUGUAGAGGGUGUGGGUAGCAUAGGCUCUGGUUACAAGCAGGUAAAAGGUAUAGAUGUAGGGUACUGGUUGAAAAAGAAAGGGGAAGCUUUGGUGUUAUUAUCAUGGUCGUUGUGUAUGUGGAAAUUAAGGUGCUCUGUUGAAUUCUUCUGUUGAUUUUUGUUAUGAAAGGCAUUCCUUCUGCA